AUGACGGAGCUGUACAUCCUGUUCGAAUGCUCUGCGGGAUAUUUCCUGCUGAGGGUAAAGGAAUGGGAGCAAAUAGGCAGCAAUGAAAAUUUGGAGAAGAAAAUUCAAAAGGCUGAUUUAUUUCACGAGAUUGUACAAUUGUGUUCGUUCAUAUCUUUUGAAACAGCAGAAACAGCGUUAGAUAAUUUGCUCCACAUUAAUGAAGGCAAGGCUACAGAUUUUUUAUUAACCUUUUUAGAGCAAAAUUUGCCCAGCAAUAAAAGUCAAUACGAAUUAGGGGUAGCAGAUAUCAACUUAGGAAAGUACCUGUCCAAUAUUGGCUUCAAUAUAAUUCAUAAUAAUAAUAUAUUAGAAUUGUUUAGAGCCUGCAGACAUUUUUAUUUAAAAAAAAUUGGUACCUAUGUAGACAACACUGGGGAUAUUGAUAUAAAACAUUUUAAUAUCGGAUUAGGACAUAGCUAUUCCAGAUCAAAAUUAAAAUUGGACCCAAGGAAGCAAGACAAAUCCAUUAUUAAUAGCAUAGGUACUAUAGAAUCAUUGGAUAAAAAUAUUAACCUGUUCAGCAUGAGAGUGAUUGAAUGGUACAGUUGGCAUUUCCCUGAACUUAAGAAAAUCGUUACAGAUGUAGCUAUGUAUUGUAAAUUGGUUAACCUAAUAAAAAUUAAAGAAGAUUUUAAUUUUGAGGAUGAGGAGGAAAAGCAAAAAAUUACUGAAAUUACAAAUGAUGAACAGAUGACUGAGCAAAUUGUUAAAGUAGCUAACCUGUCCAUUGGACAAGAAUUAACACAAGAAGAUUUAAAUAAUAUUAUUAAUUUUUCUAAUGAAGUUAUUAACCUUUUUAAUACCAGAAAUGUGUUAUGGGAGUACUUGGACAGAAAAUUGAAUAUCGUUUCUCCAAACCUGAAGGAACUCUUAGGAAAUACAUUAAGUGCUCGUUUAAUUAGCCAUGCAGGGUCUCUUGUAAAUUUAGCCAAAUGUCCUUCCAGCAGUAUACAAAUCUUUGGAUCGGAAAAAGCCCUUUUUAAUUCUCUUAAGGGAAAUAAAAAAACCCCUAAAUUUGGCAUUCUCUACAAUUCUUCCUACAUUUCGAAAACGCCACUCCCUAUGAAGGGCCGCAUGUCCAGGUACCUCUCCUGCAAGAGUGCCAUGGCUGCUAGAAUCGACUCCUUCUCAGAUCACCCUACCAACUCAUAUGGAGUUAUAUUUAAGAAGCAGCUCGAGCAUAAAAUUCUCCACAUGGUCAAAGGGGUGAAGCUGUCCAAAAAUAUAGACUACAUGAAUGAGGCAGAACAAAUUUACAAUCGCGAGAUUGGCGCGGUCCCGGAUGGGGACGCGGAGGGGGAGAACGAGGAGGACGAAGGCAAGAAGAAAAAGAAGAAGAAGAAAAAGAAAAAAAAGAAAAACAAGAAGAAGAACAAGCAGGAGGAAGGCGGCGAUGAAAAUGGAGACGCAAAUGGAGACGCAAAUGGAGACGCAAAUGGAGAUGCAAAUGGGGACCUGAAUGAGGAGCAUAACGGGGAAGAAGACCAACCCGCCGUCGAGGUCGACCAAAGCGACGCCGACUCAGACAGCGACUGA